AGGAGGGGAACAACAUCACGCCGGUAGUGGGACGGACGAGUAAACCAGAGAUGAGACGAGCGCAUCCCACCACGCGUGCAUUAAACACUUCACCGAAUGAUGCGUCGCUUUCCAACGAAUAGAACAGAGCGCAGGUGUCUCGAGGCGUGUUUAUAACAGCUGGAGUUCUCUUUAACUUGACACAGUGUCUAAAAACGCGGCGCUCGAUCGCGAGACCCUGAAAAACACUGAGAGACGCGGCAUAUCGGUUAAAGACGUCCGUCUUGUACUUGUGUACAUACUGUAGGAAAACAAUUGGGGGGAAAAAAGAAGCGUUCAAGAGGAAUUUCCCCAAAAUACAGACCAAUUCUUACGUGUAACGACUGGUUGGUGAUAUUUGGGACUUUCUAUUAUAGCUUGGAACAGAUCUGAAGAUUUAUUUUGCAAUCUCGAGACGCGCAUUACAAAGAAACUAUGGAAACGUUCUCCGCGCACACGGAAUCGUCCCAUUUGGAGAAUAACGGAGACGAUCAAGGUGAGCUGCUACCGGUGGACUAUCCGUCCGGGGAGAUGCUGGCCUCUCUCGGUGUGCGGAGAGGAUCCAGCGUGAAGAAACAUCAUCACAAACACAACCUGAAGCACCGCUACGAACUGAUGGAAACGCUUGGAAGUGGCACAUAUGGAAAAGUGAAGAAAGCCAUAGAGAGGCAUACUGGAAGAGUGGUGGCGAUUAAAUCCAUCCGUAAGGAGAAGAUUAAAGAUGAACAGGACAUGGUGCACAUCCGCAGAGAGAUUGAGAUCAUGUCUUCCCUCCGUCAUCCACACAUCAUCUCUAUAUAUGAAGUCUUUGAGAAUAAGGAUAAGAUAGUGAUCGUAAUGGAAUAUGCCAGUAAGGGUGAGCUGUACGAUUACAUCAGCGAGCGCCACAGACUCAGCGAGAGAGAGACAAGACACUUCUACAGACAGAUCGUCUCGGCUGUCCAUUACUGCCACAAGAAUGGAGUAGUACACAGAGAUCUCAAGCUGGAAAACAUUCUUCUGGACGACAACGGUAACAUCAAGAUAGCAGAUUUUGGUUUGUCGAACCUUUACCACAAGGACAAACUUCUUCAAACAUUCUGUGGAAGCCCACUGUACGCCUCUCCAGAGAUUGUAAAUGGAAGACCUUAUCGAGGUCCAGAGGUUGACAGUUGGGCGCUAGGUGUACUCCUGUACACUCUUGUGUAUGGAACAAUGCCAUUUGAUGGAGGAGAUCACCAAAGACUCAUUCGCCAAAUCAGCAGUGGAGAGUACAGGGAACCGCCGCAGUCAUCAGAUGCUCGUGGUCUGAUCCGCUGGAUGUUGAUGGUUAAUCCAGAUCGCAGGGCAACAGUCGAGGACAUUGCAAAUCACUGGUGGGUAAACUGGGGAUGGAAGACCAAUGUGUGUGACUGCCAAACCCAAAGGGAAAACAGCUCCCCAAUGCUGGCCCGCUUCAUUGACUGGAAGAACCGCACUGAGGUCCGAACUGGCAAAGCCCAGUGCCCAGAUUCUGGUAGCAUAGCUAAUGUUACUAAUACAGGGUUGACUCCAUCCCGGCGUCUGAGAAAGUCCAUGAAGGAGAACGAUUGUGGGAUGUGGAGUGUUACAGAUGAGAAGCUGGGCCUCAAAAGACCAAAGAGUAUCCUGAAGACUCGGGCAACCAGCGGAGACCAGCGGUCUCAGAGUUUGUGUGAGUUAGAGCUCAGGCGGUCCAUUUACUACCAAGAUGCAGAUUCUGGUUCCAGUCCAGAGCGAGAAGACACACUUGGUGGCUCGCCAGCAAAAAUGGUCUCCAUAUUACCCAAGAAAGGUAUUCUAAAAAACAUCCAGCAGCGCGAGUCAGGGUAUUAUUCCUCGCCAGAGAGCAGUGAGUCCUCCGAACUGCUAGGAGGAGCCACUGUGCAGCCUCCACCAAACAGCUCACCACCAAAACGGAAUGUAGGGAGAAAAGGUAUACUCAAGCGGAAUGGCAAAUAUUCUACUCACAGUGCCGCACCUGCUGUGGGAGUCCAUGGGGAGUUGCCAGUAGACUCAAGUCUAUCAAAAAGCAAAAACAGACCCUCCAGCAUCAUCUAUGAGGAGACAGGACUUUCCAGCAUAGGGUCAGACUGGCCUCCCGCCUCUCCAAAACCCAACAUCCGGGGGUCCCUCUCAGCAGAAGACUUGCUUCAGAUGGCUGGGUUCAGGAGCCUUCAAACCAUUCCUUGUGGCAAGGGGGCCCGCAGCCCUCCUGGUUCCCCUGGAGACAAUAGCAGCUUCACCUUGCUGGGCGAUCUGGAUGAUGUCACCCAGGUGUAUCAGAUAGCCCUGGACAUAAGCAGCAAGCUGAGCUAGACUUAGGCAUAGAGGCUGAAACAAAGGUCAGACAUUGCUUCCAUUGUGCACCCUGUGUAAUGAUCAUUUCAUUGCAUAGAUGAGGACUGUUAAAUGGAGAGACUGGUAGAGAGACUUGAAGAGUGAAUUAUUCUCAACUUGUUCACCCAUUAUAGUGCUGCUGGGGAAUGUUUACAGUUCAAGAAAGCGGGGCAUUUCAAAUCUCCAUUCACCAACACAUGUUGAUGAGCAAUUCUCAUGAUAUUCUCGUUUUAAGCUCGACAAUCGAGGGGGAAAAAAAACGCAAGCACUUUUAAGUAGAUGUUCUACGUAAUGCAGCAUGUAAUAUACUGUACAUCACAGCUGGGACUACGAUAUUUAAAAUAUUUAUUUGUCAUUCACAUUGAGACCAAAUGCCAAGGAUAUUUCAUAGUCACUCUUGGAAGAGCCGUUGUCAUUUGUAUGGGUCAUACAUUAUUAAUAGGUCAGAUAAAGGCUGUUACAACAUCAUCAUUUUAUAAAACCAGUGAUUUCAGAGAAAUACAUGCUCAAGAGAUUACAAGAUAAUGUAGAAGGUACAGAAAAGUGCACUGACCGAAUAUCAUGAUCCCAGAGUUUAUUUUUAACCUUCUCUGCAGAGACAAAUAGCUGAUCAAAUGUUAACCUACUAUAUAUUGUGUAAGAUCAUGAAUAGUGGAACACAUAACACAUAAAAGGUCAAUGACAAAGUUUGUAUCAUUGUUACGACAGGUGAGCUUUUCAAACACUCUUCGUCUCUCACACAAGUACACAUAAAAUGCAUCAGCGUGCACAUAUGGGCAGUUAUAUGAGCUCCCUAAGGCGUGAAUAUGUGGAAGGACAAGCUUUAACCUAUGGUGUUAUUCUGGCCCAAAAAUGACCCAUGUUUCAAAAACAGCUGCCAUUUAAGAAAAGAAAUAGGCCAAACUAUUAUUUUAAGAGGUGUGGUGUUAAAAGGCAUGUAUUUUGAAGGCAGCAGAUCAUGAAAACAUAGUUUUCCCAAUUUUUCCCAAAUUGGAAUCAAAAGGUCAUGUUUAGAACUGUAAAUCUUCAUGAUAUGUCAGAUAUUGUGUAAUUGUUUAAUGUCCAAAAUACAAUGACAUGCUGAGAUAAACUGAAUACACUUUGCCAUAUUAUUUAUGUUAAAUUCUGUUUGUUUUUGCUUGUGCCUCUAGUUUAAUUGCUGACAGAGGUUUUGGCUUCAUUUAAAAAAUAUUGGAUGCAUGAGUCAUUAUUACUGUGAGUUAAGAAUGAACUAUAAUAGUCUAGCUUUAACUUAUGAAUGUGCUUUAUAUUAAAAUCUUCUUUAAGAUGUAAAAUGCAUUUCUGUCAAUGCAUCAAUGCGCUUUCAUAUGAAGUACCUUGUAACAAUUAAAAAUGUUAUAUAUAUAUAUAUAUAUAUAUAUAUAUAUAUAUAUAUAUAUAUAUAUAUAUAUAUAUAUACAUACACAGUACAUGCAGUAUAUUCACACAAUUAACUGGAAAAAGAAUGUACUUGUCCAAUGGGAUAUCUGUAAUAUACGUAUUUUAUUCAUAUUUAAAUUUUGUUAUUUAAUGCAUCUUGUGUAAUUUACAAUAUAUUGUCAUGGCUAUUUGUUAUUUUGUUAAAAAAAAUUACUUUGACGUUACGAUUGUCUUGAUUUGUGCCUUCACUGACAUGAGAUUGGUAAUGUAAUUCUCAGUUCAAAUAAUUUGUAUUAUUGUGUAUGGGUUUUUAAGUGUUUUAAAUAGGCAUUAUUGGAAAAUAAGUUUCUCUAUAUUGUUUGGUAUGAACAGAAUAAGGUGGUGUAUUAAACUGUGUGGUACUUGCUCAGUGCAAAACACCGUCAUUUCUAAUAAACGUCUCAAUUUAA